AUGAUGGAUAUGAAGGCGAAAGCAACGCUGCAGCUCUUGAUCCUGUUAAUGCUGUUCAUGGGGACGCUCCACUCCCACACCCACAUGGUCACUGCAGUUCGCAGUCCACCUUACGACUUUGAGGACCAGCCACCCACCGUAGUGUUUCCUCGCACCGCGGUCUUGGAUGACAGCAACCGUGAUGGUGAGGCUGGAUCGGAGGCUGGUGAUUUGCCACAACCUUUUCCUAUUCAUGUCCACGGGACUUCAUGGCGUAACCAGAAAGGUGGAACUCCAUCGAGUCCGAGCUCCAUGCAGCACAGCACCACGCCCUGA